AUGCUGCUGUUUCGCGUUGUGGUGGCCCUGCUGCUGCUCCUGCUGCUCCAUUACAGCCAGGCGGAGGAGGAGGAAGUCCCCCAGAAGGCAGCUUCCUCUUUAGUGGAAUCGCUCGCCCGGGCGGCGGCAUCUUCUGUGAGAGCUCUCCCCAGCGAUCCCUACAUCUCGCGCAACCAGAGGCAGUGCUUCGAGACCCGCAGCCUGGUGUCCUGCAUCAAGUACAAGGCCAGCAAGUUCGUCUGGAAGCUGGCCACCAACAGCCUAGGCUUCUUCCCCAGCGAGUACGGACGGGACCUGGGCGGGGAGAGGGGAGGCUGGCUGCGACUGGUCCAGUUGGGGGAGCCCGCCGACGAGCUGGUCGUGUUCAACGACGCCAAGAGCUUGGAAGGCGACAGCGAGUUCACGAUGGUGCUCAAGUUCCUCAAGAGAGCAGUGGAGACCUUCGGGCAGAACCACGGACUGCAGCUGAAGCUCUCCAGCGAGAGUGGAGCAAGGGUGAUGGAUGAAUCAGAAGCCCGCUUGAAGCGCAAGAAGAAGAAGUGGCUCAUCAUCCUUCCCCUGAUCAUCCUGAUGAAGAUCGCCCACCUGAAGAUGACCCUGGUGACCAUGCUGAUGGCCGUGCUCGGCAUGAACGUGCUGCUGGUGGGCGGCGUGGGCUGGCUGAUCCACUACCUCAAGUACAAGACCAUGUGCAAGAUCCACCCGCAUCUGGUGCAGACCCACUCGCACGUCUACGAGUCGGAGCCCUCCGACUACUCGCAGUUCGUGGGCAGCAGCAGCUACUCCAACUCCUACUCCCCGUACAGCUCGGGCUCGGGGGGAGCUCCCCACGAUAUCGGGGCGAAUAGUUACAGCAAGGACUGGGCCACGAGCAAGGCCUACCACGCCCACAACUACCUGGACACGAUCAGCAAGCGGAUACAGUAG